GUAUGAAGUGGAGUAACCAUUCUCGAUUACACGACUGCACUGCUACCAGAAUGCAGGACACUCUGGUACUGCAGAACACGUGGGACGUAAUGAGAGCCAAUGACAACUUGCUUAAAUCACCAUUUUUUCCUGUGCUUUUCUCUUUCACAUUCUACAUGGCAUUUUGCUUACCGUUUGUGCUGUUGGAUGUCUUUUCACCUAAACUGACUUUUUUAAGAAAGUACAAGAUACAGCAGCAGAACUACCCUACUUGGGCAAUGAUCCGGAUCUGCAUAAUACAGACAGUCUACAAUCACAUUGUCUUUAUUUUUCCAUUGACUGUCGCUCACUGGUACUGGAGACCUGUCACUUACCCAGUGCAAGCCCCGGGGCUCGUGAAAGCACUAUUGGAUAUUUUAGCAUGUCUGUUGCUGUUUGAUUUCCAGAAUUUUGUCUGGCAUUUGGUGCACCACAAAGUUCCUUGGCUGUACAAAAACUUCCACAAGGUUCAUCACAAGCAUACAUCGACGUUUGCACUGACCACUGAGCAUUCCGGUGCCUGGGAGACGCUUUCCUUGGGAUUCUUCGCUGCCAUCAACCCCUUGCUGUUGAACUGCCAUCCUCUAACAGAAAUGCUGUUCUUUGUUGUCAACAUUUGGCUGUCUGUGGAAGAUCAUUCUGGCUAUGAUUUUCCGUGGUCUACCCACAGACUCGUACCAUUUGGCCUUUUUGGUGGGGCGCCACACCACGACGGGCAUCACUUGAAGUUCAAAUUCAAUUACGCACCUUAUUUUACACACUGGGACAGACUCUUUGGCACUUUGUUGAAAACCUCAGUUAAAGAGAACUAAAUGACCAAAAAUGUAUAACAUUUAAGAAGCAAUACUAAAAUGUUCCUGCCGGCUAGUAACAAUAUAUAACUUAUGUAUGUGUGUGUCUGUGUGUGGGAGGUAUUACUGUCAAUGUGCGGUCAAAAUUUGAGGAAAUGUCACCACAAAGAUAGUAGCUCCUGAAAAAACGACGUUGUGGACGCUUUUAAGAACUAAAUAUGCCUUUAAAAAAAAGUGCCAAAAUAUUUAGUUGUUGUCGACUUUCACCCUGUGUGUUUUGUCUGACGAGUUAGAAAUAGUAAAUAAAAAGUGAGAGUCUAUGAGAUGUCCCCACAAAUAUAGGAAUGUAAACGUGUGUGUGUUUGUGUGCAUGUGAAAAAUAUUGAUUUUUCAAAUGUUUAAAACAUUCCUUUUAUAUUUAAAAGAAAGCAUAUUUUAUUUUGGGAUAUUAUCUAAUCUAACUUGUUAUUGUUAUUAUUAAUAAAUUAUUCCUAAAUUAUAAAUGUA